UACCGGUACCAGUCCUUAGUGUUAGCCUGGUCGGCGGCGGGGUGGGACGUGCAGCGCUGGGACACCUGCUGGUCUUGACACUUGGAGCAGCGGAGCCUGAGGGCCGCGGGAGGUGCCGGAGCAGGGCGGGAGCAGGAGCGUGGAGGCGCCGCGGGGGAGCAUGCCGCUGGCCCAGCACCCCGCGCUGUGGGCCAAGCUGCAGGUCCACAAGGAGGAGGAGGGCAGAUCAAGCACCGAAGACAUGACAGUGGAUGACGAUGUGUCAGAUCUCCGCCCUGCGAGCAGCGGCGCGCGACGUGCCAUGCCCGGCGCGGGAGCAUGAGCGUGGCCUCAGCGGGCGUGGCGGCAGGGCGCGUCGGCGGGUGCGGCAUGGCGGCGCGGCGGCGGGCGCGGCGGAGCUAACAUGCUGACGGAGGUGUUGUCGCGCGUGGCCGUGCUGUCGCAGGGCGUCGCGCGCUCCCUGGGCGUGAUGUGGCCCCACGUGGAGGGGCGGGAGCCGGGCGUGGGGGAGUGCGCCCCCCGCUGGACGAGCCCCACGGACAUGGCAGCGCUGGGCAGCGUGGUGUGCGUGCCCCCCUCGCCCCGCACGCGCGGGCCCCCCGCGCCCGCGCCCACGGACACUGGCGGGGACAGGGGGAGUGAAAGUGGGGGGCAGGAGUGUGACGUGGUGCGCGCGGGGCUGCCCUGCUGCCUCAUGGACGAGCCGGACCUGACGCGGGGCGCCGCCCCCGCCGCGCCCCUCAGUGGCGGCGGCAGCACGCGGCUGCACCUGCCGCUGACGGAGGUGCGAUGUGAUAGUGACAAUGACAGCGGCCUGGUGAGCUGCGGCGACAGUGACCACGCGCAGCCCCACGAGGCGGCCGACACGCCCGCGCCGCCCUUUCUGCUGGGCGACAGCGAGGCGCCCGUGCUGGCGGCGCCGCCCACGGACUCACCCGUGCUCUUCCGUCCCGACUUCGAGCACGCGGCGAGCAUUCGCCAGCACCGCGAGGCCAGCCCGCCCGCCUUCACGCAGCACCGCCUGGCGCCCGCCGACGCGCUCUGGCCCUCGAACCGCGGCAGCCGCUUCGAGGACCAGGGCUUCGGCGACCUGUCGCGGCGCGAGCUGGCGGCGCUCAGCGACGGCACGCAGGACGCCAGCGUCUUCCCCGAGCCCAGCCCCGCCGCCGACGAGGCCGUGGCCGCCCGCAACCUGGCCAACGCCGCCCUCGCCUGCACCCCUCCCACGCCCGCCACAGGGGACCGCAAGCGGCUGGAGCGGCGGCCGGAGGUGCGCGCCAGCGGCGAGGAGGAGGAGGAGGAGGCCCCGCGGGGCGACUCGUGCUACCUCGAGGGCUUCCAGUACCCGCCUCCGCGCCCCGCCGCGCCCAACCCCUUCGACGCCACCUUCAAGGAGGCGCUGGACGCCCGCCCGCGGCGCUUCAAGCUACGGAAGGAGGCAGACGGGGAGGUGAACGGUACCCAUGAGAUCGAUGUGUGCGAGUUGGUGCCUGAGGGUCAUGACAAGGCCCACCCCAGCCAUUUCGAGUUGCUCAAGGUGCUGGGGCAAGGCUCGUUCGGCAAGGGCUUUGAGCAGAGUCUGCGGACCAAGCCGGGGCACGAAUAUCACAGCAUGCGUGAACCAUCCCUUUGUGGUGAGGCUGCACCUCGCCUAUUUUCAGACCGAGGUGGCCUGUGCCUCAUCCUGGACUUCCUGAGGGGAGACCUCUUCACUCGGCUGUCCAGGGAGUCAAUCAUGUUCACCGAGGAGGACGUCAAGUUCUACCUGGCAGAGUUGGCGCUGGCUCUCGACCACCUACACUCCGUUGGGGUCAUCUACCGGGACCUCAAGCCGGAGAACCUCACCUUGCCCUUCACCCUGCAGCAUCCUCCUGGGCGCAGGCCACAUCUCACUAAUGGACUUUGGGCUGUACAAGGGCUGGAGGACCAAGGCCUACAGCUUCUCGGCACCGUGGAGUACAUGGCGCCGGUGUUUGAGAUGCUGACGGGUGCGCUGCCCUUCCAAGGCGCCAACCGGAAGGAGACCAUGAACCUGAUCCUGAAGGCCAAGCUGGGCAUGCCACCAUAUCUCAGCCCGAGGCUGUCCCUCCUCGAGCGCUCUUCAGAGAACCCGGCAAACAGGCUUGGUGCAGGCACCGAGGGCGUGGAGGAGCUCAAGCGCCACCCAUUCUUCGCCUCCAUCGACUGGGACAAGCUGUACGCCAAGCAGAUCGAGCCGCCCUUUAAGCCGGCCGUCUCCAAGGCUGACGACACCUUCUACUUUGACCAGGAGUUCACCACGCGCACCCCCAGAGACUCGCCCGGGGUGCCGCCCAGUGCCAAUGCGACGCAGAUGUUCAAGGGGUUUAGCUUUGUGGCGCCCUUCUUGCUGGAGGACCAGGUGGACGGGAUGGAGAUGACCCCCACGCACACCACCGAGAAGAACACGUCGCUUAGCAAGCGUCUCUCCGGGGUCAAACCAAACAGCAUACACGACGAGUACGACCUGUCCGAGGAGGUUGGCCGAGGGAGCUACAGUAUCUGCCGGCGCUGCGUCCACAAGGGCACGAGGCAGGAGUACGCGGUGAAGGUCAUUCCCAAGAAGACACGUGACUGCCAGGAGGAGAUUGAGAUACUUUACCGCUACGGACACCACUCCAAUAUCAUAUCGCUGAGAGACGUGUACGAGGAUGACUCCCACGUGUACCUGGUGAUGGAGCUGAUGCAGGGCGGGGAGCUGCUCGACAAGAUCCUGCGCCAAAAGUUCUUCUCCGAGCGCGAGGCGUCGGCCGUGCUGCUGACGCUGACCAACGCCGUGCAGUACCUCCACCAGAACGGGGUCGUACAUCGUGACCUCAAACCCUCCAACAUCAUGUACGCCGACAUCUCCGGCAGCCCCGAGUCACUGAGGAUAUGUGACUUCGGGUUCGCCAAGCAGCUGCGCGCCGAGAACGGGCUCCUCAUGACGCCCUGCUACACGGCGAACUUCGUGGCUCCGGAGGUCUUGAAGAGGCAGGGCUAUGAUGCGGCCUGUGAUAUCUGGAGCCUGGGAGUCCUGCUAUACACCAUGCUGGCCGGGUAAGUGUUGCCUGGGGUUU